UUCAUCUGCUCGCCCACCCGUCAGGUCAGACUGCAAUGAGUGGACUGAGGUCUCCUAGGCUGCUGGGGCUAGUGCUCUUAAUGCUCUCGGCAGGAUAUUGCAAAGAGAAAACUGACUCCGCAGAUUUGAAAGACAGGCAAAGUCUCUUGAAUCUGAUCAUGGAGAUCAUUCAGGAACUGAAAAGGUACCACCUGGAGAAGGACAGUGGGGUGCAGUACUUCUCUAAGCAUGACUAUAACUUAGAUCGAAGGGAAGUCGCUGACUACGGAGGAUACCAGGACGAGCAGAGAGUUGAAAUAGUUCCCAGAGAUCUGAGAAUGAAAGACAAGUUCUUAAAGCAUCUUACAGGUCCACUGUACUUUAGCCCAAAAUGUAGUAAACACUUUCAUCGGCUUUAUCACAAUACGAGGGACUGCACCAUCCCAGCAUACUAUAAAAGAUGUGCCAGGCUUCUCACUCGGUUGGCAGUGAGCCCAAUGUGCAUGGAAGGAUAAAG